AUGAACUCGAGAGGAAAGCUCGUGAAGGCCAUCCGGGAUGAUGCCAAUAUCAGUCGCUUCGUGGACUUUGCCAGUUCACAGUUGCCGAAAUUGCCUAAGGCUACAGCUAAAUACCUAGCUGAAAAGGCUCCUAUCGUGCAAUGGAUUCCAAAAUAUUCUCUUUCUUGGUUGUGGAGUGAUCUAGUGGCCGGUAUCACAAUUGGAAUUCUUCUAGUCCCCCAGAGUCUGGCUUAUGCUAAGGUUGCCAACAUUCCUACCGCCUAUGGCCUUAUCUCAAGUUGGCUUCCGACGCUAUUCUAUGCAAUUAUGGGCACAUCAAAAGGUUUCGAUAUUCCUAUACAUGUCACAGCUGGUCCAACCGCGAUCAUGGGUCUGCUGACUGGCGAAAUCGUGACUGGGCUAAUUGGUGAAGGGUACACUGCUCAAGCCAUUGCGAGCGCCGCCGCUUUUUGGGUGGGAAUAUACUCCCUGAUCCUGGGCCUCUUCCGCCUUGGAUUUCUUCUCGACUUUAUCCCUCUUCCUGUUCUUUCGGGAUAUGUCUCUGCCGCCGCAAUUACUAUUGUGCUUCAACAACUUAAAGAACUAUUUGGUGAGAGCAAGAAAGGUUCUAGCACAGCGGCUGUGAUUCGAGAAUUCUUCAAACAGCUUCCUGAAACAAACUGGCGGGCUUUCUUGGUUGGCAUAUCUUGCAUCGUUCUUCUCUUAAGCUUGCAAUUCGUUGGUCGCAAAUGGGGCAAGAAGUACCGCGCUCUAUGGUAUCUCUCGGUUGCUCGAAAUGCAAUUGUCCUCGUUCUGGUUACCGCAAUUAGCUGGGGGGUGAACAAGUCCCGUCGCUCCGACCCUCUCUUUGGAAUCUCGAAAGUGAAGAGCACAGGAAUCAUCCCUCCAAAGCAACUUGACAGCGUCUUACUUCUCAAAGUCGCGGGUCGCAGUGUGGCCGUUUUCCUAGCUGCGGCUUUGGAGCACCUUGCCAUUGGUAAAGCGUUUGGACGGCGCCAUGGUUAUGUUAUCGAGCAAGACCAAGAACUGAGCUAUAUCGGUCUGGUUAAUAUGUUCGGAAGUUUCUUCUCUAGUAUGCCAGUCACCGGGGGCUUUUCACGCACUGCUGUCAAUUCGGAGUCUGGUGUCAAGAGUCCUCUGAGUGGUUUGGCCACCACUGCUUGUGUACUGGUUAGCAUCUACAAGCUCACAGAUGCAUUUUAUUGGAUCCCGUCUGCUACCCUUUCAGCUAUCAUCAUAGUUGCGGUGUGGCAGAUAAUUCUCCCGUUUCAUGUGUUCUGGCACUAUUGGAAGACCUCUUUCGCCGACUUUAUCGGUAGCAUGGUUGCCUUUUGGGUAACUUUAUUCGUCGACGUCGAGAUCGGCAUUGCCGUUGCGGUCGGUUAUAGCCUUGUCUACGUCUUACUUCGACUCGCGUUUUCUGGUGUGACCAUGGUCACGACUGACAACUUUUCGAAAUUGUACCAGUCUCAAUCCAACUCGAAAGUAGCAGCUGUCCCUGACGAUGCCAUGCUCUUUAUGCUUCAGGACUCAGUGCUGUACCCCAAUGCUGCUCGUAUCACGCGCCAGAUUACAGAUGCUAUUUAUACAUACAGCUCGGGGAUGGACGAAGUCUUCUCCGCUGCUCACUCUAUCAACGAAACUUCAGCUAGCGCGACCGAGAGACUGUGGAACGAUACAAAGGGUAGGCAUAUCAGAGCUCUACGCAAAGAAGCAGGCACUGAACACACAGAGGAAAGCCCCUUGCCCAGACUGUGCGCUGUUAUUGUGGAUAUGGCUCGAGUUGCACACGUUGAUGCUACCGCCAUGCAAGCUUUUGCUGAUAUCAGAUGUAUUCUGAGGGAAUGGGCAGGUCCGGAUGCGGAUCUCAGAUUUGUGGGGCUCAAUGAACGGGUAAAGGACCGGUUCAAGAGGUCUGACGACUACUUUCAGUCUUUGAAAAGCAAUGAAUCGCCCAGAGACGAAGGGUAUAUAGUAUUCGACGUUUUACAGACAGCACUGUACAAUUCUCAAAGGACGGAUGAGGACGUGCACGCAAAGCAGUGA